GGGGCGCGAGCGGCGGCAGCGGGCGGCGCGGCCGAUGGACAUGGGCACGCAGGGCUCGGGGCGCAAGCGGCUCCCCAACCGGGAGCGGCUGACGGCGGAGGACGACGCGCUGAACCAGAUCGCGCGCGAGGCGGAGGCGAGGCUGGCUGCGAAGCGUGCGGCCCGCGCCGAGGCCCGGGAGAUCCGAAUGAAGGAGCUGGAGCGACAGCAGAAGGAGAUCUAUCAGGUUCAAAAGAAAUAUUAUGGGCUGGAUACAAAGUGGGGCGACAUCGAGCAGUGGAUGGAAGACAGUGAGCGUUAUUCACGUAGAUCCAGAAGAAACACAUCGGCUUCGGAUGAAGACGAGCGCACGUCAGUGGGUAGCCGUGGAAGCCUGCGGCCCGACCUGGAGUACGGGGGUCCUUACGCCUGGACAAAUGGUUAUGAAGGAGAAUUCUAUGGAUCACAGUCCCUGAAUAGAAGAUCUGGCAGGAAUUCCAGCUACAGUGGCUCUGAGGGCAGAUUCUCUACCUUGUCGUCAGCCAGAGAGGAGACGUUGGCAUCUGUGUUCGAUGACAGCAGCCCUGGCCGGGCACGGCGGAGCAGUGCCUGCGGUUCCUAUGCUCCUUCGGAGCGCGGCGGCCAGCUCAACUCCAGCUCCCGAGCCUCCUCCAGAGCCAGCUCGGCGCGGGCCAGCCCAGUGGUGGAAGAGAGACCGGAAAAGGAUUUCACCGAGAAGGGGUCUCGUGGCCUGCCCGGCCUGUCCGCCGCCACGCUGGCUUCCCUGGGCGGGACUUCGUCGCGGAGGGGAAGUGGGGACACCUCCAUCUCCAUGGACACCGAGGCAUCCAUUAGGGAGAUCAAGGAACUGAAUGAGUUGAAGGACCAGAUUCAGGACGUAGAAGGCAAAUACAUGCAAGGGUUGAAAGAGAUGAAGGACUCCCUGGCGGAAGUGGAGGAGAAAUACAAGAAGGCCAUGGUUUCCAACGCCCAGCUGGACAAUGAGAAGACGAACUUCAUGUACCAGGUCGACACGCUGAAGGACACGUUGCUCGAGCUUGAAGAGCAGCUGGCUGAGUCCAGGCGGCAGUACGAGGAGAAGAGCAAAGAGUUCGAGAGGGAAAAGCACGCCCACAGCAUCCUGCAGUUCCAGUUCGCCAAAGUGAAGGAGGCCCUGAAGCAGAGGGAGGAGAUGCUGGAGGAAAUCCGACAGCUACAGCAGAAGCAGGCGGGUUAUAUCAGGGACAUUUCUGACCUUCAGGAAACAAUAGAGUGGAAAGACAAGAAGAUAGGGGCUUUAGAGAGGCAGAAAGAGUUCUUUGAUUCCAUAAGGAGUGACCGAGAUGAUCUUAGAGAAGAAGUAGUGAUGCUGAAAGAGGAAUUGAAGAAACACGGAAUUGUCCUCAAUUCAGAGAUCACCACCAACGGAGAGACUUCCGACAGCCUAAACAGCAUCGGACACCAAGGUCCUACCAAGAUAACAAAAGAGGAGUUAAAUGCUCUCAAGACGAUGAGUGACGGGACGCUAGGAAGAGCCAGUGAAGUGGAGGUGAAAAGCGAAAUUGUGGAGAAUGUGGGGAGAAAAGGAAUCUUGCAGAAUACUGAGCAAGAACAGCACAAGGAAGACCCAGCCCGGGAGCGUGUGGACACAGAGGUGUCCCAUCCUGGUGGAAAUGCCGAGGGCCAGAAAGCCUCUGAAGACAGGGCUCCCUCACCAGGAGUCUUAGCAGAUGGUCCAGAUGAGGAACAGGUUCAAAACCAGAGUCCUGAGAACGCUCCCUUCCUUGAAAGCACAGAGCAGGUUGAGUCCAGUGAGGCCAUAAACACACCAGACAAUAGGACUGGGGCUUCCCUUGAGCGGUCCAGCUGUGCGGGCGAAUUAGAUGGUGAAAUGCCAGAUCCUGUGGCCGGGCAGGACAGUUAUAAUGCCUUGGAUGUCAAAAACCAGAGUAAAGAAUCUACAGAAACACAGGAAGAUUUGAAAACCAGCCUGGGAGCAGAUAGCACAAAGCCAUGUCAAGACUCUGCAUCUCCACAAAUAUCUGAAGUUGGAGGGCUGGGCAGCAUAGGUGUGGGGGAGCGAGGUGGGAGCCCCACAGAGGGUGUGGCGGAGGCAGGGCUCACGGGGCUUGGAGAGCAGGUGGGCACAGUAGCCUCCGGCCCUCCGAGGGACAGCGGCGACGCUGUGAGUGAUGAUGAAAAGCACGCGGUGGAUACCCCAACAGAGUUGGACCCAAGCUCAGGGCACGAUCUAGAGAAAGAGACCACCAUGCAGGGAAUUGUGGAGCCCAAAGAGCUCCCGGUGGAGAGCACAGCAGUAGAUUGGGAGAGCGAUGAAAAGGAGGACCAGGAAAGGGGGCUGAGGGAUGAGAAACCAAUCCAGACAGAAGUGCAGAACAUUCCUUGUUGCCCAGCAGCCAGAAGCAGCCCUCAGGGAGCGACGGGCCCAAGUGUGGCAGACACAGACAGCAAGCCCCUAGAUACAAAAGAACCCGAGGAAGAAAAGAAUGACCAACAGGGAGAGGCAUUGGAUUCGUCUCAGAAGAAGACAAAGAACAAGAAGAAGAAAAACAAGAAGAAAAAAUCACCGACACCUGUGGAAACCCUAAAAGAUGUUAAGAAAGAGUUAACCUUUCAGAACCCAGAUUUAAGUGAAGGUAAGGAAGAAGAGCAGGUAAAGCUUACCGAUGAAAAAGCAGCUGUAGAAUCACAAGUUGAGGUACCUGAAAGCCCAGAGAAGGAAAGUGCAGCAGGAAGCAGUGAAAAUGUUGAUGGUCCAGAAAAUUCUAAAAUUGAGUUGGAUGAAAAACUUAACCAAGAAGAUAAUGAUGUAAACACUAAGGCAGGGAAAGAAGCAGCCGAUGGCGACACAUUGGCGCCGGGAGAUGACACAACCCAGUCGUCAGGCGCGAGUGCCGACAAUAAGGAGCCGGAUGAAGCCAUUAUAAGAGAUGAGGCUAACGAAGAUGGCGCCACUCACAGCGUUCCAGAAGCAGAGAGUGGAGAAGCGUCCGGCGGCACCCUGCUGGAGAACGGGAGUCCCCUUGAGGACUUCGAUGAUGCCUCUCAAACAGGAAGCCGGGAGCACCAGGAGGUGGCAGAAUGUCCCAGUGAGGUAGUCGGGAAUGUUGUAGAAAAUGAGGAUGACUUAGCACCCACAGGAGAGCUGGGAGCCUCCGAUUCAGACCAGCCGAGAGGCGGAAGCGAGAAGGGCAAAAGCAAAGAGGACUGUACGCUGUCGUAAGUGGAGUUGAGGCCGGCCGUCGAGGGGGCCGAGGACUGUACAGUAGCUCCGGCUGUCAGAGGCCCAUCUGCUCUCUCCACUCUCUGUCUACAACGUCCCACACUGAUAUAGAUGUACCACGUGACAAUCAACCACCGAGCUGUCUACCACGUCGAGUUAUAGACUGUUACUUGGGGAUGUAUCCUUCCACAUUAAGCCUAUCGCCCCGAUGAGAAAGAAAGACAUGCUUGUAAUCAGUAUACGUUCUAACCAAGAGCAUUCCAGUAGAGUCAGACAUAACGUACACUUCAUAUUUCUGCUUAAAAUCAAAAUAAAGUGACUUAAGCAUUUGCCUUAGGCUGAUACUCUUGACCAGAUCUGUCAGCAUACAGUUGACCAAGUGGCAUUCUGAGAUGCCCAUGGUGUAAGCAUAGUGAUAUUUAAAUUGAUUUGUCUCAUUCAGAUAUAUGUACUUUCAUAUUUAAUGUUGAUGUGUACGUUAUAACCUAUGAGGUAUUUUAUUUUAAAAGGAGAUAAAUGGCCAAAUAGCGUAUAGGUCACUGAGUGAUAAGAUUUGCACCUUAGGACAGUAACGCAUCAUGUUCGGGAUAAGAAAUAAAUACCUUCCAGCACUGGGAGAUCUUACUUCCCUUUACCUCAUUCAGAUAUUUUCUCUCAAACCAGUACGUUUUGAUGUCAUUGUUAAUGAUACCCGAAUUUGUUUUGUAGAUUUCGACCUCACUCUGUGCUGAUUAUGUACCAAAGUCCUUUUAUACAAAGAUUUUUUUUUUUUAAUUUGUUUCUGGAAGAGACACGUGUUGAAAUUGCACUUCCUAAUGCAGUAUUUGUGUGGGGGGACCAUUUCUGAAAUUUAUUUUUUUAACCUUAGAAUUGCUUCUUUCUAUUUGUCUAACUGUUAUUCAAAAGAGAGGUGACCAUUUUUUAUGCAAACUGCUAAUUGGACUAUCACCGGAUAUUUUAAAUAGAGAUCCACUUUUGGUGUUUUGGUAUAGAUAUUUUCAUUUGCUGUUUCUCAGUAUAUUCUUAUUGGAAAAUUCUCGAUUUGAUCUUCCUGAAGGAAAUAUAUCUUUUCUAUAUACGGAAGCCUUUUAAAAAAUAAUUGUAAAGUUAAAUUAAAAAAACUGUAAAAAUAUUCAGAUUACAAAGGACUGUACGUUAUGAAUGCCGUGGACACUUUAUGAGAAUAUAUGAAUUCAUGUCACUGUUACAAGAUAUAAUUGAGUGCAAAAAAGACCAGAACCUCAAUCAAACUUGAGGCAAGCGUGUUAUUAUGUAACUGAAAUAAAAAAAGAGCAUUUUAUCAUUUGACAA